AUGCGGGAGACCAAAGUUUGUUCGUUCGCCCUUCUAAGAGUUGUGUUUUAGACCAAACCAGUUGUUCCCUAUAGUGCUUGGACGACUUUCAAAAAGGCUUUUCAACGGGAAGCAGAAUGGGUUGAGAAGGACGAAUUUCUUGACAUCAUCUAUUGGAUACGGCAGCUAUUUGGAAUACUCACGGGCAUCAUAUGGGGCUUUCUUCCUUUAAAAGGAGCCAUGGCUAUUUCUUUGUUCUUUAUCGUCAAUAUGGCUGCAGUUUAUAUCUACGCUGCCGUGUUUCAGAGAGUAGAUGAGGAAGAAUAUGGAGGCUUCGGUGAGAUCCUCAAGGAGGGGCUUGUGACUGCCUUCGCCACCUUUAUGAUCGUUUGGAUAAUACUGUUUGAUAUUUUGCAUGGCGGCGGCAGUGCCUGA